GAUUCCCGCCUGCCGUAUUACAAAAAGCGCAAAGCCCGCUUUGGUCUCUUUCAAUUGUCAGGCAUGGCUCCGACCAGUACUGCCGACGUUAUCAACCAGGAAUACUCGGAGGAAAAAUUCACUGCCAAGCAGAAGAGCAAAAUAAUGAAGAUCACGAUAGAGAAAAGGCGCCGUGAUCGGAUUAACAGCAGCAUCAACCAGCUGAAGACUUUACUGGGAAGGGAAUUUCAAACGGAGGAACCCAAUAUGAAGCUGGAGAAAGCUGACAUCCUGAAAAUGACCGUGAAUUACCUGAAGUACCACAGCCAACAGCUCAGAGCAAGCGGCCCGGCCAACACUCCGGAGCGUGACUAUAACGAAGGAUACUCUCGAUGUUUGCAAGAGGCUCUGCGCUUUUUCUCUGCUCAAGAAGACAAGAGCGACAUUCAGAAGAAGUUGGUGACACGUUUCCAAAGAAGACAGCCACCGUGUCCGGCCAAGACCUCCGUGACUUAUCCUGUCUGUCUUCUGUCCUCUGCUCCCUGUCCGACCGGCAGCGAGCGGGCGGCCCAGUGUAGCCAGGCAUCCCUUUGGAGACCCUGGUAAAAACGCACAGCCGGAACGGGUGGGACACUCUGCCCCGUUUGCAGAUGGUGGUGAAGACGAUGUAGGAGAAUCAUUCUCCAGUGUCAGCGAUAACUGUGGUAGAAGUGGAACUGUAGUGAGGGUUGCUUCACAUUGAAGAAAGCGUAUUCCCCCGAUUUACGGGGCGCGUCAUUGUAUAAAGAAUGUCCUGAUUUUGCGCUAUCGGUAGGUUAGUCAGACUUCUCGUUCCAAAAAUUGUCAUCAAUGUGAUUAAUAAAAACGUGCUCGCAGAUCCUGGAAAGGGAUCGUUUUUACUUCUUCAUGGUGAAGAGACGCUGCAAUUCUUGGGGGUCAUUUGUAACGAGGUUAGGCGGGCGAUUCCCUGAGUGUUGCCAGAAUACUCAUGAGUCAGUGACUACACUAUUUCCUUCACCAUAGACACAGCCUUUCAACUCUUUGAUACUCUCACAGAGAUGGAUUUCCCUGCACUCUCUCACCAUCGCCCUCUACUGGCCGCAUGCCCCUCUUCUAAUUGCAUUGCCUUUCAUGUCUUCACUGUCGCCAGGUCGAGAGUGGGCUCUGACCUCGCCGCCCAGGUCACACAUCCGUUAGACAAAGAAUGGAAGCAUGGCAUUUACCUAACCUGACUGGCCACAUAUAGUUUGACCACCUUAAGUAAUGUCACCCUUUCCGCAGUUAACCGCCUCAAAUCUUACAGCACCGUACUCUCAUGGUUCCAUUCCUAGCUGAAAUCAAGGCAUGAGCGCCUCCUUUUCUGUCCUUAGCACUAGCUUGGAGAAUCUCAUAACUGAUCUGUAUUCACCAUAAUUUCCGGCUAUUGCUCAGUGAUUAAUACAUGCUUCCACGUCUAUUCGAUGAGGCAAUUGGUAUUCAGUCAACAUGCUGACCAUUCCACACAAUGUUGAGACUCUUUCAGUCAUAAUUUCUAAUAGGCCCAUCAUUGGCAAAGCUGUAUCAUUAAAACAAAACUUUUCCUAGUCCCGUGGUGUCUCUGAUAAGAUUUCAGCAACUUUCCUGAUUUCUUGUUCAGGGUGAACUAAAUGAUGAGCGAACUUGGAAUCUUUUGCUGAAAUUUUAUCCACUAUUUAGUUCAUGAGAAAGAUCGCUUUCUUACAUCUCUGGAACACGCUAAAUCUUUGAAUUAUCGCCCUCUGUACAAACUGAGAGCCCGCUUUUGUUCCCUAUAAAUUACUUGGUGGCUUGCUUUCAUCUGUCUCAAGAGAGCGAUACAAACGCAAGUUUUAGACUUGAAAAAAAAUGCAGAAGUUGCUGUUAUCCAAUUAUAAGUUGCAAUGUCAGAAUAUAUAUCCCGAUUGAAUGUACACGAUGCCUUGUAUUAUAUACAUGCAACCGUGAAUAAAAUCGAUUAAAACUA